AUGCCCAACAGGAAAAAUGUCCGCGACCUGGACAAGCUCUCUGGCAAGCCGCUAAAGGAAACAAUAAAGCCGUCCUCACCUGCCCUUAAAGUGAACGCGGAGGGCUGGCUUACGUCGAAGGAUCUUCAUGAAGGCUGUCUGCCAUUUUCGCCCACAAGUGUCUAUCAUGCGGUGCUCUACCUCGUGGCAAACCCGAAUGUUAUGUCGAGUCCGUUAUUUCGUGCAGAUAUCAUUUCCGACAGUAAUGAAACCCUCAAGAUUCCAGGAGAAAAUGGAGGAGAUAGCAAGUUAUUUAAUGGCCCCCGAUCAACUAUUUCAGAUACCCGAAGAACCCCUAAACCUGCACCCAUCGUUGAAGGGUUUCAUCUGAUACGGACAAUGGUCUCCAAAUUGAUCCCUCGAAAUGAGAAUCUGGAUAAGACUAUGCUGCAAACAUGCCAUUUUUACGCAACCCAUGAGGACUCUUUCCGAGAAUCGGGAGAAGCCGAGGAGAUAUCAGACACAAACAAUGAUCACCAAGCAUGGGAUCAACAAGUGCUUGCAAUUUACAUCCCGCACAUUGAUUCACCAGAGGAAAUGCCUUACUAUUAUCCCAUUGUCAAGGGAAUCGCUCAUCUGUACGAUUUUCAGAUAAAAAUGGGACAAGGCACUGGAACUUUGUCACUACACUUCUUGCCUUUUACCUCGGACAUAUCAGAGCGACUGGAACGAACUCUCAAUCAGCUUCUCAACAUUCAUAUUCGAACGGCCCGUAUCAAUCAUAUGAGUUUGUCCAAACAUACAGCACCGAUUAUCAACAAUCCUGCGAAGGAUAACUUGAUCCCACGUCAAUCAGUUCAAAAUACGUACUCGCGUCUGAAAAACGCCUAUGCUGUUGACUUAAUCGAAAACUGGGUAGAAAAUACGGAGCCCAGUAAACAUGUCUUUGAGGAUCUGGCCAUUGCGGCAUUUCUUAUUGAGCUGUGGAGUCGAAUCUACCGAGUGGUGGCAUCCAAUGAGAAAAUUGAUGAACAAACCCCGACCACCAAUUUUCCAGGAUUCGUUGAUUUGGCUUGUGGAAAUGGUGUACUGGUAUAUGUUCUCCUCAUGGAAGGCUACGCAGGCUGGGGAUUUGACGCCCGUCGACGCAAAUCAUGGAGCAUUUUUCCGGCAACGGUGCAGGAGCGGAUUAUGGAAAAAAUCCUCAUACCUAAGCCAUUUGCGGAUAUUGUUGACUAUGAAGAUAUCGGACUCGAUAUCACUAUUGGGGACUUCCCACGCGAUACCUUUCUCAUCUCCAACCAUGCCGACGAACUCACUGUUUGGACUCCGCUUGUGGCAGCGCUUGCUUGUCCAGAUUCACCGUUGCCAUUUCUAGCUAUUCCAUGUUGUUCCCACGGACUGUCUGGUCUGAAAUAUCGUUAUCCGCCUCCAAGGAAAGACAGUGCAGCAAAAGAUCAAGAAAGUGAAUUUUCCUCGCAGAACCAAGUGGAGGCGGUGGAGGCAGAUCUGCAGCAGGCUUCGGGUGACUUGAAAGCACUACGGGCAGCUAAAGAACAUGAGAAGACCGAGGAAGGCCAUCUGAAGUCGACAUAUGGCUCCCUCACAGCAAAAACGAUGGCGAUCGCUGAAGAGGCCGGUUAUGACGUUGAAAAGACUCUUCUCCGGAUCCCCAGCACAAGGAACAUGGGUGUUGUUGGAGAUCGGCAAAAGGCUGCCCAUCGGUGGAGACUGUUGGCAACCGAGGAGGUAUCCACAGCGGCCAAAAGCCGAGAUCAGGAGUCUGCAGGCGUUGCUGAGAAGAUCAUGCAAAUUGUUGAGCGAGAAUGCUCGAGGGAUGGAGGGAUUCAAGCUGCCGCACGAAUCUGGAUUGAGCGCGCUCGAGGACUCCAUGAGUGCAAAGGAAAAGGAUUUGAAUGUCAUUAA